GGAACCAGUGCCUUCCAAACCAAAAGCAAAUGGGAAAAAAUGGACAUAAUUCUUUUUCUAUCUUGAUUCUUAUGGAGUUCAACUCCAAAAACUAUUAAAUUCCACAGGAGAGGAGAGAUAAAGAGAAAGAACGGUACCGUACCACAAUCUUCCACCUCUUGUCCACCAUUGUCAAAUUCUCUUCCACCGUUUACACUGUUGGGUUCCACCAUUUAUUUUUGCGGUAAUGGCAACUACUAUGACGUUGCCUAAUAAUCCGAUAAAAUCUAAGCUUUCGACUACACAGUGUUUGAAAACAGUAGGAUUUCAUAGAACUGCGUGUGCUUCUGGCCGGAAAUUAUAUUCUCAGUGUUCUUUUGUCCAUGUGGCUGAACCCUAUUUGGCCAAGAAUUUUCGCAGGAGGGCUUGGCAGAUUAAGAGCAGCAUGGAUGGUAGUGGAUUGGAUCCUUCUUCCUCGGGCAGUGGUGGUGGUGGUGGAACACGAUUAGUUAGGGCAAUUCAAGCUCUCCAGACCAGGCUGGGUGUUAGAAUCCGGGAGAUAAGGAAAAAUCUUCCCAUGAAAUUACUCUUUUUCUUGGUGGGAUUUUAUUGUGCAACUGCCUUUGCUACGGUUAUUGGUCAGACAGGUGAUUGGGACAUCUUAUCUGCUGCCUUGGCGGUGGUGGUUGUGGAGGGGAUUGGAGCCCUCAUGUACAGGGCUUCUUUUCCCUUGGUCAAAAGUAUUCGGAGCAUUGUCAGCGUGUUUAAUUACUGGAAAGCUGGUCUUACUCUUGGUCUGUUCUUGGAUUCAUUUAAAUAUGAAAUUGACAAGAUUAUGAGCUUCAGUAACUUGUUUGAUUUUGAAAUGGAUAUCUUCUCUCUGUUUUUGUGAAAGUUGUCCAUUUCAGAUUCUAUUGGUCAAUAUAGUUUUCACCUAAGCAUUAUGAGAUGACUGUACAUACAAGUCAGGACUUGAUUGCACGCAUGCGCUUCGCAAGUGGAAAGCUCUGCAGGGUCAAUAGCGCUUGGGUUGAGGCAUACCUUCCUUAUGGGAUCCCUUGUCUGCCUUCCAAGUUCCAUCAAUAGUAAGCAUGAUGAGUUGAUUACCUGAAGAUGGUGUUCAGCAAUUUACCUUGAGCCAUGCGAUCCUCAUAUAGUUUUGAUUGGUUGUACGCCAUUAACAUAUGGCUUCUGUAGAUACAUAGAUUUAUAUUAUGGCUGCAAAUAUAGAUUUUUUAUUCGUUCA